AUGCCCUCUGUGUCUCCCGUGGGCUCCUGGGCCCCGGCGGCCCCCAAUGCCACGGUGGCGGAGGCCAACGUCAGCAUGCCAGAGAAGCCCCUGUUCCACGUGUUUGCCCGGCUGGACGAGGAGCUGCACGCCGCCUUCCCGGGCCUGUGGCUGGCACUGAUGGCGGUGCACGGCAUCAUCUUCCUGGCGGGGCUGGUGCUCAACGGGCUGGCGCUCUACGUCUUCUGCUGCCGUACCCAGGCCAAGACGCCCUCGGUCAUCUACACCAUCAACCUGGUGGUGACCGACCUGCUGGUGGGCCUGUCCCUGCCCACGCGCUUUGCGGUCUUCUACGGCACGCGCGGCUGCUUGCGAUGCGCCUUCCCGCACGUCUUCGGCUACUUCCUCAACAUGCACUGCUCCAUCCUGUUCCUCACCUGCAUCUGCGUGGACCGCUACCUGGCCAUCGUGCAGCCCGACGGUUCCCGCCGCUGGCGCCAGCCCGCCUGCGCCAGGGCCGCGUGCGCCUUCGUGUGGCUGGCCGCCGGCACCGUGACCCUGUCUGUGCUGGGCAUGACAGCCGGCGGCCGGCCUUGCUGCCGCGUCUUCGCGCUGACCGUGCUGGAGUUCCUGCUGCCGCUGCUGGUCAUCAGCGUGUUCACGGGCCGCAUCCUGUGUGCGCUGUCCCGGCCGGGCCUCCUGCGCCAGGGUCGCCAGCGCCGCGUGCGGGCCAUGCAGCUGCUGCUCACUGUGCUCAUCAUCUUCCUCGUCUGCUUCACGCCCUUCCACGCCCGCCAGGUGGCCGUGGCGCUGUGGCCCGAUGUGCCGCGCCACGCCAGCCUCGUGGCCUACCACGUGGCCGUGACCCUCAGCAGCCUCAACAGCUGCAUGGACCCCAUCGUCUACUGCUUUGUCACCAGCGGCUUCCAGACCACCGUCCGAGGCCUCUUGCGCCGCCGCGGAGCCAGGUACGAGCCCGACAGCAGCAACAUGGUCAGCAUGCACAAGAGCUCCAGAGGCUCGGGCCACAAUCCCAUCCUCGGCGCCAGCCCUAGCGCCUUCACCCGGGACCUGGCCAACGGGCCUAACGCCUAG